CUGAAAUUCACUCUUUCAUACAUUUCCCUUCCACCGCACUUCAGUUUUCUUACUAAGGAGGGCCGGCUCCAUGGAAUUCCUCUCCGAGAAUCUAACCCCCAUCGAUGAUACCUCCCCGGCCCAAACCCUAGCACAGCACCAGCGCCCUCGCUGCAUCGUCAAGCUCGGCGGGGCAGCGAUCACCUGCAAGAACGAGCUGGAGAAGAUCAACAAGGAGAGCCUCCGAAUAGUAUGCUCACAACUGAGAGAAGCGAUGAAGCCGGAGACGGCGGAUUUUCCUGCGAAGGUUUUGGGGAUGGACUGGAGCAGGCGGCCUGGGGAUUCCAUCGAUUGUAUCGUCGAUUUUGAUGCAGAUUCUGCGUUGGUUUCCGCUGGCGGAUUCAUCAUCGUCCAUGGAGCAGGUUCUUUUGGCCACUUCCAGGCCAGCAGAUCUGGAGUCAACAAAGGAGGAUUGAAUCUGCCACUUGUUAAGGCUGGUUUUGUGGCUACACGGAUCUCUGUAACAUCACUGAACCUUGAGAUUGUUAGAGCUCUUGCUAGAGAAGGAAUAACUGCUGUGGGGAUAUCACCAUUUGCUUGCGGUUGGUCAACACAGGGUAGAAAUAUUACAUGUGCAGAUGUUUCUCACAUUGAUAGAGUUUUUUGUGCUGGAUUUGUCCCUGUUUUGCAUGGAGAUGCCGUUUUGGAUCAUUCACUGGGAUGUACAAUACUGAGUGGAGAUGUCAUUAUACGCCAUCUCGCACAACUCCUUUUGCCAGAGUAUGUUGUAUUCCUUACAGAUGUUUUUGGUGUGUAUGAUCGCCCGCCUACAUAUUCAAAUGCUAGACUUCUUCGUGAGAUCGUCGUUGAUGAAGAAGGAAAUUGGUCGAUUGUAAACCCUACGCUGCAACACGAGGAUAAGCAAGUGGAAAUAACUGUUGCUUCUCACGACACAACCGGUGGAAUGGAGACAAAGAUAUUGGAAGCAGCAGUGAUUGCUAAACUCGGCAUCAAUGUAUACAUCAGCAAGGUUGGCACUGAACAUUCCCUGAGAGCUCUGAAAGGUGAAAUAACUGAUGAAUGGCUGGGUACUGUAAUACGCUCCAGCAAAAAGCCAAGCCCAUAUCCUUAGAAUAAAACUGUUAUCUAUCAUAUGGGAAAUUUAGUUAUCUCAUUCUAGAUAUUUUUGAUUUAUUUAAAUAAAAUUUGUGUCUGG